UCGCACCCACACAAGAAGACCUGGAGCAGGGAUGGUGGCGGAGGAGAUCGUGGUCUCCCUUUCUGGGGGCGUCCCGUGGGGCUUCAGGCUCCAGGGAGGAAGGGAGCAGCAGAAGCCUCUGCAGGUGGCAAAGGUACGCCGUCGCAGCAAAGCAUGCAGGGCGGGGCUGAAGGAGCACGACGAGCUGGUUGCCAUCGGCGACCACCCGUGCGCUGACCUCAGCCACGCCCAGGCCAUGAUCCUCAUCGAUACUCAGAAUGCUGCGCUGCACCUGAGGGUCAAAAGGUCCGCAUCGUACCCGGCUCGCUGCUCACCUCCGCUUCUCUCUGUGAGUUCCUCCAUCGAACCCAGCGGCGUGACCUCGCCGCCGGACAGCGAGGCCUACUACGGAGAGACGGAUAGCGAUGCCGACACGCGCUCGCAAGCGCACCGCCGCCAGCGCCGCACAUCUCCUCACGCCCGCUCACCCGCCCGUUACGACAACCGCGGGGAAGAAGAGGAGACAUCUGAGAUGAGUGGCUAUGAGAGUGCUAACGAAGCUGGGGGACCAAUGCAGGGCCAGUGGCACGGUGUCCCACAUAAGGACUUCAUCUACCAGCCCCCGCAGCUGGGGUGGACCACCCCAACCUCUAGCGUCACCCCGCACUCACUCACCCCAACUCCGGAGCGGGCCCUGGCGGAGACUGAGGGCGAAGGAGACAGCGGUUUCCAGGACGCGGGGGCCUCCGUGGGUCUCGCCGCCUGCCCACCUUUGGUGUCUCCCGAGCGGGCUAAGGAGGCUCUGAUGCUGGGGUCUGGGAGUCAGCUGGUACCCAUGGUGGGACCCCAGCAGGGGCCCAUGAGCGAGGAGCUCACCGCUACCUACAUGGACAAAGCUCGGCAAGCCAAGCUGCAGCGUGGGGAGAGUUUGGUGGAGAAACAGGUUAAAGAAGCUCGCACCAAAUGCCGCUCUAUUGCCUCGCUGCUGACUGAUGCGCCCAAUCCAAACUCCAAGGGGGUGCUUAUGUUCAAGAAGCGGCGCCAAAGAGCCAAGAAGUACACGCUGACCUGCUUUGGCAAGGCUGAGGACGACCAAGGGGGUGAGAGCACGGAAGGGGAGACGGAAGAGGAAGGCGGGAGCUCCAUCCAGAGCUCCGAAGUGGACGAGGAGGGUUUCUCAGCCUCGUUUGACCCCACGUGGGAUAGCGGAUACUUAGACCUGCUGGACAGGAGGAGUGCCGCCUGCCCGUCUGCCACUGUCAAUCACAGCCCGGGGUUCGAUAACUUGACCUUUGUGGCCCCUGUCAGUCAAAUUCCAAGCUUGGAGGUGUUCGACCUGGAGACCAUGAAGCAACCGAACACGGCUAUGUCUUCAGCUCCAAACGUACCUCUUGUUAAUGGGGGUCCAGUUGCCAUAAGCCGGGCCAGUGUUACAUUAAGCCCCCCUUUGACACCCCCGCUUAUUCAAAACGGCACACAUGUCAAUCUCAGUCCAAGUCCAAACCUUGACCACCAAUUAAGUCCCGCUGCUCUCAAUCGGACGGCUCGCCCCUUCACCUCCGGUCCGGCGACGCCCGGCUCGUCCGUGACCUCUGUGAUGUUCCGCCCUCCACAGCCCAAACCGGCAGCAGCCGUCUCCAUGGUGACCAUCACGCCUACUCACUACCCAGCAGUGGAUGGGAGGAGAGCGGUGUCCAGCGCUUCACUCUAUAUCCCGCCUCGCAACAAUGGCGUUGCACCCUCGGCCCUCUCCCCUCCUUCGUCUAUGUGUCCAUCUGGCCUCGUCACUCCUCAUGAUUCCCCAAUCUACGCUGCUCAACCCUUCUCCCCUCCGCAGCCAUUUCACUCCCCUCCUUCCUUUCAAACGCCUCCCACCUCUGCACUGUCUCCAACUUCCCCGGUUCAAGUGUCCACGGUUCCCCCCACUCGACUUUCCCCAGCGGCCCAUCCCUGCAUCCCAGCUGCCAAGAAUACAGCAUCAACCCCUCAAAUCUCAGCCUCUGAUUCACUGGCUACUCGCGAGCAGCGCAUCUCGGUGCCAGCUGCUCGCACUGGCAUCCUGCAUAACGCCCGCGGUCGCAGCAACAACAAGCCAAUGUUCAGUGCCAUUCGAAGCAAAGAAGUGUCUCCCAACCCUGCCUUGAUGUCCAUGGUGCAAAACAUGGAUGACCGCUUUGUGAGAACAGCGGGCGUGGAGUCAGCUGUUGUAACAGGUGGUGAGGCCGGCCACGAGUCCGGACCUGAGGAGGACUGGAUGCGGCUGGGGGCAGAGGCUUGCAACUUUAUGCAGGCUCAGCGGAGACCCAGACCGCCCCCUGUGGCUCCAAAACCGACCACCCCUCAGACACCUCAACUGGGAGGGAAAGGGGGUCAACUGUUUGCCCGCCGACAGAAUCGGAUGGAUCGCUAUGUUGUUGAAAGGAGUCCCUCCGCUGCCCCGGCACCAUUCUCUCCUUCCCAGACCAGGGAGCCUUCACCCACACCGUCACUCCCAGCCACCUGGAAGUACUCUUCCAACAUCCGUGCCCCUCCUCCCAUCAGCUACAAUCCUCUUCUGUCACCCUCGUGCCCUCUCAAAGCCCAAAAGAAGGUGGAGGUGACAAAGUCAGGACCAGCUGGAUCCAAAGGGAAGAAAGGCACCAAAAAGCAGGUGGAUGUCAUGAAUCACCAGCCCUACCAGCUUAACUCGUCUCUGUUUACCUACGGGGGUCCACCAGAUGUGUCUGCCAGUCAGCAGCAGAGUGGUGGUCCUCAGAAAACGGCACGAGUGUAUGAGGUGAAACGCUUCUCCACACCCCCUCCGAAGGCCACCAGCCCCGCCCUGAAGGUGAUCGUACCUCGAUCAGCCACAACUCUCGGAGAACCACUGUGGCGUUCCGACGUCGCCUCCCCGCCACCCCAAAUCCCCUGUCAAACUCAAACGCCUCCCACCACCUACCAAUCUCAGUGGUCCCCAGGGCCUCUGUCCCCUCCACCUCCCCCUGCCCCCACAGCUCCCCUCCCUCAGCUCCCCACCUUUGCAGUCCAGUCCCCCAUGUUCUCCUAUCCCCAGCAAGCUGACAGGCAGUUUAAAAGCGCCCCAGAUCUGAGCCCUCUUGGACCCCCUGGCACUACCCGGCAGACAUCUACUGGCAGCCAGUACACCAGGGUUCCCAGACCCAGAUUCAGCACUUCCAACCUGGGCCUACAGCCUUGCGUGUGGCGCCCCGGCUCCACCGCGCACUGAGCUCACACAUUCUAGUCUGGAUUGAAUAUAAACCAUUUUAUUUUAAAAUGGAGUCCACAUGUUUUGAGUUUGGUAACAGUUGUUCUGUGGAGACGUGUUUGAUCGAAGAAGAUCAAGAUCAAGAUUUUGCAAAUGUACCAGAGAUUAGAUUAAAAGAUGAGCAGAUUUGAAAGUCAAUGUAAAGAUGUCGAAUAAAGUGUGGAGGAUGUGGGAAGGAGAUUUUGAGUUUUAGUUGAGGAUCAGAAGGUGGAUGAAAUACGAUAAGAUCCAAUGAAGUCUCAUGAACUUCAUGUUGUAGCAACAUUCAAAGUAGAAGCACCAAGUAGGCAUACCUUUUGCACCUUGCUUGUAAUUAUCCAAACACAUGCUAUGUUAUUUUCUUUCUAAUGUUAUGAAGUAUUGAUAUGAUAGCUUUGGUUUCUGUUAAAGGUGAGUCACCAAGUUUUGAAACUGGGACUAUCCUGGCUAAAAUUUAUGAAAACGACUGAACGUGACUUACUCCCACCUCUGUCUUCUGUAGUGUUUUCCAUAAAUGUCACACAAAAAGCGCUAAUUGCACCUAUGUGGAACAAGAGGCGGACAAUGUGUCUAUUUUGUUUCUUGUCCACCGAGACAAGGCGGCUAAAUAAAAAUAGACAUGACUCA